ACUCAUUUGCAUAAUGCUCAAGGAAGUUUGGGUGUUGUUUGAUUCCUUUCGAGCUUCAACCACUACUUUAUAACGUGUAUAUAUCAUUUGAUUCAUGUGAAAGACGACAAUAUUUAGUAUUAUAGUCCUCGGUACAACCACAACGAGUGUUGCAGAAGGUUUGGUUCGGUUUUCCCUGCGAGACUUCGAUAUCUCAUGAUGCAUUUGAUGCGUCGUUGCAGAUUUCAAUGACAUACGUAUUGGUAAUCUGAAAUGAAAAAGUCUUAUUUAAGGCAAAAGAUUUGAAGAACAAUAAGCGACAUAAUGCUUAUGAUUUUGAAAACUAAACCAGACGGUGUGAAAUCUUGAAAGUACCACGUCAACGAAUUCCGUACCUAAGUGAAUUAGUUGUAGCUACCCUUUACGUAUCCUCAUGAUUAUGCAAGCAACUAAAAAUGAAACAAACUCGACUGAAAAUACUUUUAUAGUGUUGCAGACUUAAUGGCGAAGAAAUAUCACUCAUUAGGUGAAUUCUACAACGAAAUAGAAUACCACGAAAAGAGUCUCAGCAUUGUCAAAGAGAUCGGUGAUAGAAGUGGUGAAGGGAAAGCUUAUGGAAACAUAGGCUGUGCAUAUCAGUCAUUAGGCGAAUUCCACAAAGCAAUUGCAUGCCACGAAAAGAGUCUCAGAAUUGCCGAUGAGAUCGGUGAUAGAAGUGGUGAAGGGAAAGCUUAUGGAAACAUAGGAUAUUCAUAUCAGUCAUUAGGCGAAUUCCACAAAGCAAUUGCAUGCCACGAAAAGAGUCUCAGAAUUGCCGAUGAGAUCGGUGAUAGAAGUGGUGAAGGGAAAGCUUAUGGAAACAUAGGAUAUGCAUAUCAGUCAUUAGGCGAAUUCCACAAGGCAAUUGAAUACCACGAAAAGAACCUCAGCAUUGCCAAAGAGAUCGGUGAUAUACAGGAAGAAGGAACGAGUUAUUUAAACCAAGGAAAUUUAUAUCGCAGUUUAGGAGAAUUUGCUAAUGCAAUUGAAUACCUCGAAAAGAGCCUCAGCAUUGCCAAACAGAUAGGUAAUAAAGCUAUUGAAGCAAGUACUUAUGGAAAAAUAGGAAAUGUGUAUCAUACAAUGGGCCAAUAUAUCAGGGCAAUUGAAUACCACGAAAAGAGUUUCAGUAUUGCCAAAGAGAUUGGUGACAGAAUGGGAGAAGGAACAGUUUAUGGCAACUUAGGAAUUGCAUAUCAAUCAUUAGGGGAGUAUAGAAAAGCAUUUGAAUACCACGAAAGGAGCCUCAGUAUUGCCAAAGAGAUUGGUGACAGAAUGGGAGAAAGAACAGUUUAUGGCAACUUAGGAAAUGCAUAUCAAUCAUUAGGGGAGUAUACAAAAGCAAGAGAAUACAGCGAAAGGAGCCUCAGUAUUGCCAAAGAGAUUGGUGACAGAAAGGGAGAGUGUACAGCUUAUGGCAACUUAGGAGUGGUAUCUCAGGCAAUCAAUGAAUACCAAAAGGCAAUAUUUUACUUACAGAAAUCCGUUGAUAUUGCAAAGAUGAUAGGAGACACAAGCAGUGAAGGAAUUUUCUGCGAAGCUUUAGGAGGUGCAUAUCAGUCAAUAGGACAACAUCGCAAAGGAAAUGAAUUUCUGGAAAGGUUUCUUAGAGUCGCAAAGGAAACAGGAGACAAAAACGGAGAAANCCCUUUACGUAUCCUCAUGAUUAUGCAAGCAACUAAAAAUGAAACAAACUCGACUGAAAAUACUUUUAUAGUGUUGCAGACUUAA